AUGAAGGAGCUAAUUCUCAGCCUGUGGCUGGUGGCAGUAGCUGCUGCCUCAUCCGAUGACAAGAUUGUCGGGGGGUACGAAUGUAGCCCCCACUCCGUGCCAUGGCAAGUCUCUCUGGACAUGGGGUACCAUGGCUGUGGGGGCUCUCUGAUCAGUGACCGAUGGGUGAUCUCUGCUGCCCACUGCUACUACAGUCCGGAUUACCUGAAAGUGCUGCUGGGAGCGCACAGUCUGACGCACCGUACAGGGACAGAGAGGCUGGUUGGAGUGGACGGUAUCUAUCAGCACCCGCAGUUUGAUGGUUACACACUGGAUCACGACGUCAUGCUAAUUAAACUGGCAGAGACCGUCCGCAUGAAUAACUACAUCAGCGCAGUGCCAUUGCCAACAGAGUGCCCACAGCCCUAUAUCAUGUGCACAGUCUCAGGAUGGGGUAACACUUAUCCCAAUGAUGGUAAUAAGCUGCGAUGUGUGAAGGUUCCGUUGAUGAGUGAUCCUCCCUGUCAUUACGCCUACCCUGGCCUUAUCACCAGCACCAUGAUCUGUGCCGGCUACAUGGAGGGGAUGAAAGAUGCUUGCAAUGGAGACUCCGGGGGUCCGCUGGUGUGUGAUGGGAUCCUGGAAGGCAUUGUGUCCUGGGGACAAGGUUGUGCUCAGCAAAACUACCCGGGGGUGUACACGAAGGUCUGCGCAGUCCUCCCCUGGAUUCACGAAACCAUGGCCACAAAGUGA